GAGGAGCGGCUCACUUCCCCCCUUGCAAGUCUUUGUUCCCAGCCAGACGGAGUCGCUAAUUAACUCCCUCCGCACCGAAGGGGUCCAGAGGCUGGGAUGCUCUGCCUGCUAAAAGGAUGUUGACUCUCGAGUGGGAGUCGGAAGGACUGCAAACAGUGGGUAUUGUUGUGAUUAUAUGUGCGUCUCUGAAGCUGCUUCAUUUGCUGGGACUGAUUGAUUUUUCGGAAGACAGCGUGGAAGAUGAGCUGGAGAUGGCCACCGUCAGGCAUCGGCCUGAGGCCCUGGAGCUUCUGGAAGCCCAGAGCAAAUUUACCAAGAAAGAGCUUCAGAUUCUCUACAGAGGGUUUAAGAAUGAAUGUCCCAGUGGCGUUGUUAAUGAAGAAACCUUCAAAGAGAUUUACUCACAAUUCUUUCCACAGGGAGACUCUACAACAUAUGCACAUUUUCUGUUCAAUGCAUUUGACACGGACCACAAUGGAGCUGUGAGUUUUGAGGAUUUCAUCAAAGGUCUUUCCAUUUUGCUCCGGGGGACAGUGCAAGAAAAACUCAACUGGGCUUUUAACUUGUACGACAUAAACAAAGAUGGCUACAUCACUAAAGAAGAAAUGCUUGAUAUAAUGAAAGCAAUAUAUGAUAUGAUGGGCAAAUGCACAUAUCCUGUCCUCAAAGAAGAUGCCCCCAGACAACACGUCGAGACAUUUUUCCAGAAAAUGGACAAAAAUAAAGAUGGGGUUGUUACCAUUGAUGAGUUCAUUGAAAGUUGCCAAAAAGAUGAAAACAUAAUGCGCUCCAUGCAGCUCUUUGAAAAUGUGAUUUAAUUUCCAAUAGAUCCUCACUCGAACAGACAAAUGUGAACUGUCCCACCACAUGAAGCUGGAGCUACCACUUUUAGCAUAGAUUGCUCAGCUUUUCACUGAAGCGUAUUAUGCAAACAAGCUUUGUUUUAAGAUAAAGCAGUCCCCAAAAGAUUUAAAUUUGCAUCACUUUCAUACUAUCACUGAGUUCAUGGGAUGUUGUAACUCAUUUUAGACUCUGAAUAUUCAAGUUAUAGAAGCUGGCUUGAUUCUUUAGCCAUGGGAUUACUAAGGCUUUCACCUAUCUGUGAUUUUAAAUUGUCGGUGUUUUUUUGCUAAUCAUUUGUAUGUAUGGUCCUAGGAUUUUAAACGGUUUUCUAAAAUAUUGACAUCUGCAAUUUAAUUUCCAAAAUUAUUUUCAUG